AUGAUUCCGUCAUACAAACAGGAAACAACAAUAGCAGUGCCCACGAAGACACCGGGGACCGACUUCUGGACGAAAGUCUUUGAAUUAUACGGAGAGAACCGAAUCCAAAUGCAACAGAAUGAACCUUCAUGGAUUGAAAUGAAGCCAGCAUUGAAUGAGAACUUCGGCCGAUCAUAUAAUGAAUUAUCACAAAGGUGUAGGAUAUCAAGGGGCCAUUUGGAAGAAAUGAAACAGAAACAUCAAAACGUUCUAAAUAACCUCCCAAAACGACUCCCAAAACACACCUAUAACCCAAACUCAAAAGGAAUUGUAAUGGUAGGAGGAGGUCCGUUAUUUAACUGGUUAGCAAUGUUGUCAAUAAUUCAACUCCGAGACCUUGGAUCUACACUACCAAUAGAACUCAUCCUAUCGCAAAAGGCCGAUUACAGUCACUACUACUGUGAAAAGGUUAAGAAAUAUAAUGCCAAAUGUGUGGUUUUACUGCAAGUACUUGGCUUACCGAACGAAUCCCAAUGGAAAUUCGAUAUCCAUCAGAAUAGAGCCAUUGGUUUAUUGGUGAAUUCUUUUGAACAUGUUUUCUUACUCGACGCCGAUAAUUUCCCAGUCACUAAUAUCGACAAGUAUUUCGAUUCACAAGUAUAUGAGGACCAUAAUAUGGUUAUGUGGCCCAACUAUCAGACAAGGUCAAUAUCCCCUUUAUAUUAUGAUAUUGCAGGUGUGCAAUUGAAUGCCACCAAACAAGUUAGGAGUUGGUCAUUUCCACUUUUGGAUCCGAUAAAUUUAAGCCCAAAGCAAGCGCAAAAUGUGGCGGUUUUCCAUGAUUUAGAAGGAACUGUACCUGCCAAAUCUACCAACUCGGCUCAUUUGUUAAUCAAUAAAAAGACCCAUUUUAAAGCUUUGAUGAUGUCGUUAUAUUACAACCUUCUAGGUAAAGACUUUUAUUAUGAUUUGUUCAGUUUGGGAGCCAAAGGCGAGUUAGAUAAAGACACACUUGCAGCAGCAGCCACAGUAACUAAUUCAUCUUAUUAUCAAGUCAAAUCAAACAUGAAACCUUUUGUUGUUCAACUUGACAAUGGAAAUACCGGUUAUUGUGCCACUGGACAACAUGAUCCCCAAAUCGAUUAUGCAUUAUAUUCAACUGAAUAUGAAAAGCUUAAAUCUAAUCCUAGUAAUAGACAUCAAGAUUUCAAAGAACAAUCCAAGAUACUAGACCAUUUUUAUAGAACGUUCUUUGAAAAGCCAGACAAAGUCCCAUUGUUCUCGGUACAUUGUAAUAUUUGGAAAUUUGACCCUGGGAAAUUACUAAGCAAUCCACAUAUCUACGACCCCACGUUUAAUUGCCUCAAAAGACGGAUGUAUAAUCGGUAUUUCUAUACCAUUGGGACGAAAUCUGUUGAUUUUGAGUUGCAUAGAUGGAAAAGUGCAUUUAAAUUGGUAUGUGAGGAUAAGGUAUGGUUUGCGCUUUUUGAGAAUAGAGAUUUUAAUAAACUUUGUUAUUUUAUGAGGAACUCUAUCCAAUGGUUGACGUACAGUUAG